AUGCAGACCGUGUGGACAUUAGAUGAAGCAGUUAGUAAGACAACAAAAGCAGAAACCCAACUGAAGAAAUUUCUUUUGCGUCAAGGGUUGGCAUUUCGUGGUCAUGAUGAAACUAAAGACUCGAAGAACCAAGCAUCAGUGAUUCAAAAAGAUAUUGUGAAUGCUGCAGCAAAUGAAACCACAAAAGCUAUCAUUAGUGAUCUUAGAGAUGACAUAUUUUCAAUUUUGAUUGAUGAGUCUCGUGAUGUGUCAAUUAAAGAACAAAUGGCUAUUGCCAUACGUUAUGUAGAUAAAAAGGGUCAUGUACUUGAGCGAUUUCUUGGCAUUGUACAUGUUAGUGACACAACUACAGUAUCACUUAAGAUGACUCUUGAGUCAUUAUUCUGUCAACAUGGAUUGAGUUUGUCAAGAUUAUGUGGACAAGGUUAUGAUGGGGCAAGUAACAUGCAAAGAGAAUUUAAUGGUCUGAAAAGUUUGAUUUUGAGGGAGAAUGAAUAUGCUUAUUAUGUUCACUGUUUUGCUCACCAACUUCAGUUGACAUUAGUAGCCGUUGCAAAAAAUCACAUUUCUAUUGCUUCAUUUUUUAGCUUGGUUACUAAUCUGAUAAAUGUGGUUAGAGGUUCAUGUAAGCGUCGAGACAUGCUUCAGGAGAGCCAAAUUAAUAAACUUGUUCAAGCACUGGAAAUUGGUGAAGUUAGCAAGGGACGAGGUUUGAAUCAAGAGACAAGUCUAAAACGAGCUGGUGAUACACGUUGGGGCUCGUAUUAUUAUACAUUGAUCAACUUAAUCCUUUUGUUAUCCUCUGUGGGCGAUGUGCUUGAGGUUAUUGAAGAAGAUGGUUUAAAUCCUGAACAAAGGGGUGAAGCAUAUAUGCAACUUCAAGAACUUAACACUCGUUUUACUGAGUUGCUUCUUUGUAUGGCAUGUUUAGAUCCAAGUAAUUCAUUCUCUGCUUUUGACAAACAUAAGUUGAUUCUUUUUGUCCAGUUUUAUCCAUCUGAUUUUUCUGCAUUUGAGUUGAUGAUACUUGAGAACCAGGCUGAGACUUAUGUUAUUGACAUGCGUUCUUGUGAUGAAUUUGCUAAGUUAUAA